AUCCCACCAAGGCAGGCCUGGUUUCCUAACCUGGGCUUUUAGGGGCUUCCAGAAGAGGCUGGGGCUGGGUGGGGUAGACCUCUUCUUCUUUGUGUGCAUGGCAUAUGCGUGUUCCUGGAUCAGAACAAAUGGGAUACAGAGGAAACAAGGAGAGAAUGCGACGCUAUCUCAAAAAGCUGAGAAAGGAAGCUUCACUGAUGGAGUCUGAGCCAAUCCAAGAGAGAGAUCCUUUCCCGCGGACAACCCAUAGAACACAUGAAGCCAGCAAUCCUUCCUCAGCCAGAAAGUACCAUGAUGUCACAGAGGCUUUCGUCAUGAGCCAAGUUCCUGGAAGUGAGGAGGUGGAAGAGAAGGAGGAUCCGUCUCUUUCCCAUGAUCUGGCACUUCUCCUUGUUAUGAAAGAACACAUGUGGGAUGGAACUUUUAACUCGGCGGAGGAGAAGGAUGCUUCCCAAGAUCUGGAAAGAAAGCCAAGAGAGGUAGAGAACUGGGAAGAAUUUUCGGAUGGAAAACAGGAUCUCAACAGAGGACAGCUCAGCUUGAAGGAAAGCCAGGCAUCUUCCUUAAAUUCCUUUGAUGGGGAAUUUGCAAGUUAUUCUUCAACCAGUUGCCAAUCUGUCUUUCUGGAUACAAUCAGCCCUGUUUUUUCCCCUCCCAGAAAGGUCAGUGCAGGGCAAAUGGAGAGCCAUGUCCGUGAUGGUAGCUUUGGCCAACCUCCAAGUUUGCGUGACACACACUCUCAGACACGGCAUGAGAAAUCAGCAAUGACCAACGCUCUUCCUUGUCAAGAAGACUCCACCAAUGAAUCUCCUUUGGUGAUUCAUGAUAUUUCAAAUUGCCAUGAAAGUGCUGAUUUUUCCAAAUCCUGGUCAGAUGAAGAGCAUUCGUGGCAACGAGAGACACGGCACACGGAGGACCAGAGCCUUGAUGAAGAAACGGACGUUGCAACAAGGAUCAAUGAAAUCUCCUCUAAAAGAGAACAAGCGAGUAAAAGAUUCAGCAAUCCUUCUUCGGAAGAGGAUGAGUUCAAUUUAGAUGAGGUUCGAAGAAAGGGAGGCAACGUUUUAUUCCAGGUAUCUUCCAAAGAAGGGGAGGAACAUUCAGAUGUUGAGGAGGAAAUAGGAGAUUCGGAGGAAAAUGUUCUCAGCUGCCUUGUUCUCCAGCUCCAGGAAGAGGAAGAGAAUGAUAUCAGAGUAAGCGACCCUUUUUUACUAAAGAAAAACAUCCAAACCAAUGAUAAUAUAAGCAACGUGAAUUGUGAGGAAUCAGAGUCAGACCAAAAACAGCUGUCAACCACAAGGAAGCCAGAAUUUACAGAAUCGGGGCCUCUGGAGUUGGCAGGCCGCGAGGAAGAGGGAAGGAAGGAUUUGAAUGAGAAAGCAGCAAAGAGCAAAUCCAAGACAAAUCUGGAGGAAGUGCAGUUGCCACACAAUGACCACGAAGAACAAGAAUGGGCUGUGCAAGCAACAAUAGAUUCCAUGCCUAUCAGAUCGGGCCAGGGCACAUUUGAUUCUUUGGAAAACAGUUUGGCUCUUUCUGGUUUAAACGAUAACAGUUCUGAAGAAUUUGCUUUCCCUUUGAAGGAGGUGUCCUCACCAGAUCACUCUCCAACGUCGGGUUCUGUGUGGCCUGAGCCUUGUGUCCAAACACUCCCUAUUCCAUUCCCUGGAAUGACCCCUGAAGGUUUUCAGCCAGGUAGUGGAAGCCCAAGAACACAGUCUGCCCUAUAUCACAACUCUGGACAAGUGGAACACUCCGGCAUCUAUGACGAAGCAAACACAACGUCCUGUUGUGAUCAAGAGAGUGCACAACCCACCGUGCGUGUUGGAAAAGAAGAUGUUGCAAAAGAGGAUGUUGGAAAAGAGGAAAAUGUAAGCAGCGCUGAUGGUGAACAAAUAACACAGUUGUUUGCAGAUGUAGCAUUAGGCAACGACUCCCAAGAUCUCCACGGCUCUCAAGUUGUGGGCUGUUCUUCUGGUGCUGAAAACAAUCCCGUCCCAUCUUUGAGGACUAUAAUCACCACUCUCCUGCAAGAAGAUCCUAGCAAGGGAGCCACGGAUGGGACUGCCACUUGUGCAGGAGAGGGAUCAGUUUUAUAUUUCUCCAGCCAACUGGACAGAGAGAUAGGUGACGAAGCUUCAGCACCGGACAGUGAUGGAGAUGGUCAUCUUCCCGCUUUGAGUGAGGACUUUGUCGAAGGCGCUCAGAGUUCUACCUCCAAAGCCCCCCCAAAUCCAUCUCUAGAAGAAGGCCUGUCCAAUAUUGCCAAAGAGAUGAUAAAGUUAAGUCUCUCUUCCUGGGAAGACAACGUGAAGUCCCAUCAACAACUGAAACCAACAAUUCAGAAUGCUGUGUUGUCCGGGAAGGAAGCAGCAGCAGACACACAUUGCACGGAAGAAGAUAUCUUAACCAGUGAGUCACCGUGUUUUUCAGUACUUGGUAAAGAGGGAACAGAAUGUGACUAUAAUGCUGACAGCCUCUCAUCUUCCAGGACUCUUUUUGCAAUUACCACCGAUGCAGCUCAGCUAACCCAACCUUUGGCCUCAGUUCUAGUGGGAGACCCUGAGCUGAAUUUGGUCCUCGAAUCUGCUUCUCUUUUAUCCUCUAUGCAGCCUCUCCAGUUUGUAAUCCCUCCACCCGAGGCAAAUUUUAAUGCCCAGCCAACUCCCACAGGCCUUAAUCCUGACCGACUCCUAGAACAACGGGCUUCUUCCUGCCAGGUUAAUCCAUUAGCCCCAAAAUCUUCCGCCAAUGAGACUGUUUUGGAGCAUUCGCCCUUAGGCCCUGAAACCAGAUCAUCUGAGCAGCUUUCCACCUCUGAAAGCGACUUGGAUCAGUGUUGCCAAGUUCCACGUUCCGUACACAACUUUAAGCAGCCUGUACUUGUGUCACGCCGUGCCAGUUUACCCAUUGUGUCUAGGCGUUCUGGGUUUCCUUCACUUGCUAGCAAUGCAGCUUCCCAGCGGACUAACUCUAAACAGAUCACACAGUCUGUAGCUGCUGGACCAGGCCACAACUUCCCGGCACAACCUCCAUACAUCACUGUUAGCAGAGGUUCUCACAGUUCCCGAUCAGAUUCCAAUUCCAGGAAGCAUCUCCUAGUCAGGGGCAACCCCUCUACACAGCAUAGGACCGAGGCUUCAGAAAACAGCCCCCAUGCCUUCCGUACAGGAAGUGAAGAACCGACACAUCUUAGCCCACCGGUUGGCCGUCACGCCUGUUGGGACUCAUCCUCUAUUUGCAAAAGAGGUGACCUUGUCCUGGACAAUAAAAUGGAAGAGAUCUCUGGUCUUCCAUUGGCCACAUGCCCUGAGUUGGGUCUUUCUUUGUCGGACUUGCAAGGUGAAUUUUUAGGAAAUGGUGCCACGGGGGCAGAUUCUUUUCUCAGUGUUCCUGAAAGGAUAUCCAAGUUUGAAGAUAUGCCUGAUGGGAGGUCUUCUCACUAUACGUUCCAUCCCUUGGGAGAUCGUGAGAAUCUGUGUGAAACCAAGUCCAGAAAUGUAAGGCAGCCUCCUUCUCUUUUAGCGUUCACUAACCCAAUCCACUUUCUCCAGCUCGGACCUCCCUCGCCGUCAAGUGAUCCAUACCCAGGGGUGCAUCAAGAACCACCAUGGCCAGAGCAACAGGCCAGGAAUUCGGGUGACCCAGUUGCCUCUCUUUCUGAAGGCCCAGGAAGGUUGAGAAAAGUCUUUGAAAAAUCAGCGGGGGAACCCAUUUGCUUGGCAGUCCAUAGAAAAGGCCUGGAAGGCAGACAUCCGCGCCUGGAGAAGUCCUCCAGCUGUCCAGACAAAAACACCAUCGGGUUGGGCACCAAAGAAUCCACUUUUGGCACAAAGAAACAAGAGGCGGGAGCCAAGCAGCGAGCAAAAAGCAAAGAUUGGCAUCGACACGGCUUAAGAAAGAUUUCGAUACCGACCGACGGUGCCGUAGAAGUCUCCGUAGCUUCUCUCCAUUCGAAGGAGGAAGCCGCCGGACCUAAAGACAGAGCCAACCACUUAGACAUUGGGAAAUAUGGAGAGAAGAAAACACCAGAAACCCUAGAAAAUAUCAAACGCCGAUGUUCCAAACUGAUUAAUUCGUGUAAGUAUUGCUUCCCUUGUCAGGACUCUUACCUGCACCGCCUAUCCGUCUCGUCGGGCUCCUCCCUGUGGCAGGACAUCCCCAUGGUUCGAGGGAGCACCAUGCUGCUGAGCAUGACCCGCGAGGAGCAGAAGCUGCAAGAGGCCAAGUUUGAACUGAUUGCAUCCGAAGCUUCUUACUUGCGGAGCUUGAAUGUAGCCGUGGAUCACUUCCAACGUUCCCAGGAACUUCAGGGGGUUUUAACCACGCAGGACAAACAGUGGCUUUUUUCCCGUCUUCAGGAUGUCCGUGACGUUAGUGCCAAUUUCCUCUUUGAACUGGAAGAGAAACUUGAGGAGAACAUGUUCACCUUCAACGUCUGUGACGUGGCACUCAGAAACGCCCCCGAAUUUCGCAGGGUUUACUUGCCGUACGUGACCAACCAGACCUACCAGGACCAGACCUUCCAGAGACUCAUGAACGGAGUCCCUGCUUUCCAGCAGGUCUUGGAGAAACUGGAAAGCGAUCCAGUGUGCCAGCGCCUCUCCCUCAAAUCCUUCCUCAUUCUCCCAUUCCAGCGUAUCACCCGACUGAAGCUCCUUCUCCAGAACAUCCUGAAAAGAAUUCCACCAGGGGCUGAUGAAGAAGUCCAGGCCACACAGGCAUACGACGCUCUUGAGAAGCUCAUCAAAGAUUGCAAUGCAAAUGUCCAGCGUAUGAAGAGCACCGAAGAAUUGAUUCACUUAAGUCAAAAUAUGGAGUUUGAAUGCAAGAUCUUCCCACUUAUCUCCCAGUCCCGGCGGCUAGUGAAACAUGGAGAACUUACAGCUCUGGAAUACAAUAUCAGCUUGAAAUGGAAACUUACCACCCGGCCCAUCUAUCUCCACCUCUUCAAUGAUUACCUCCUCCUAUCUCGACCUAGGGAGAAUGGGCGUUUCAUUGUGUUCGAUCAUGCGGCCUCCUCAGAUGUGCGUGGGGAAAAGUGUGAAAUGAAACUCCACGGCGACAACAAGAACCUUUUCCGCCUUUUCCUGCUGCAGAACAAUCAGGGGAAGAAAGUGGAAUUCCUCUUCCGCACAGAAACUCAGAGCGAGAAACUGCGAUGGAUUUCUGCUCUUAUGCCCCAACAGCCUGAACCUGACCUGUUGGAUGAUUCUGGUAAGAAAGCAGCUCAGGACACAAGUAAAGCCAAUAAAGGAGAAUAUUGGUAGCUCCGCGGUGACAUGAGG